AUGUCGGAAAACUCAACUCGUAUAGUAUCCGCAUUAUAUAUUUAUCCCAUAAAAUCAUGUAAAGGUAUAGAGUUAAAAUCUUGGAAAAUUGGACAAUAUGGAUUCAAAUACGAUAGAAACUGGAUGAUUAUUGAUGAAAAAUGUGAAGUUGUGACUCAACGUGAACAUUCAAAACUCGUCCUUAUAACACCAAAGAUUGAAGAAGUUGAUCCCGAAGAUGAAAGCAAAGGAGGGGAUCUUGUACUUUCCGCUCCUGAUAUGGAGGAACUACGCUUACCACUUUUACCCAACGAAUCCGAUUAUAUUAAAUAUAAGGCUACUAUUUGGGAUGAUAUCAUUGAUGUAUGUGAUUGCGGUGAUGAAUCUUCAAAAUGGAUUACUAAAUAUCUAGGAAUUUCAGCUAGAAUUGUGUUCAAGUCAGAUGAUAGACUGAUUACUAGAAAUCUUCCAAAAGAUAUUGGACAUCAACCCAAGAUUGCAUUUGCAGACGGAUAUCCAUUUUUACUUUUAUCAGAAGAAUCUUUAAAUGAUCUCAAUAAACGAUUAUCUAAACUAGUUGAUGUCCGAAACUUUCGUCCAAACAUAGUUGUUCGAGGGUGUAAUGGUCCCUUUGAAGAAGACACUUGGAAAAAAAUUAUUAUUGGUAACGAUAAAGAAAAUCUGUUUUUCGUUGCUUGUAGAUGCACUAGAUGUACAGUGCCAAAUGUAAACCCGGACACGGGUGAAAUAAACAAGCAAACAUUAAGAACUUUACAAUCAUAUCGCAGAGUUGACGCAGGAGCUAAAUACUUUUCUUGCUUUGGAAUGAACAUUAUUCAUAGCAGAUCUGGCAUUGUGCUUAACGUUGGUGAUCUAGUGACUGUAAUUUCUACUGGUGAACACAUGCGUGAACCCUGGAAAUAA